AUGGACGGCGGGGGGCUCGCCCUCAUCUCUUUGCUACUUGCAGUGGCCGCCAGCAGCGCAGGCGCCAUUGACACGGCUGCGGCACACCCCUGGUUCGAGCCCGUGUCAUGGUAUCCUCGGGCGUUUGUAGCACACAACUUUGCUAGCAAGGAAGAGACGGAUCACAUGAUCAAGCUGGCCCAGCCACAGCUGCGGCGCAGCACGGUGGUGGGAUCACGCGGCGAGAGCGUGGUUGACAACUACCGCACAUCCUACGGCAUGUUCAUCAGGCGCCACCACGACGAGGUGGUGUCCACGCUGGAGAAGCGGGUGGCCACCUGGACCAAGUACAAUGUGACCCACCAGGAGGACAUACAGGUGCUGCGGUACGGCACCACCCAGGAGUACAAGGCCCAUUUCGACAGCCUGGAUGACGACUCGCCCCGUACCGCCACCGUGCUCAUCUACCUGUCGGAUGUGGAGUCUGGCGGCGAGACCACCUUCCCCAACUCAGAGUGGAUCGACCCCGCGCUGCCAAAGGCGCUGGGGCCCUUCUCGGAGUGUGCGCAGGGCCACGUGGCGAUGAAGCCCAAGCGGGGAGACGCCAUUGUCUUCCACUCCCUCAACCCAGACGGCCGCUCCCACGACCAGCACGCCCUGCACACUGCCUGCCCCGUCAUUGUCGGCGUCAAGUAUGUGGCCAUAUUCUGGAUUCACACCAAGCCCUUCCGGCCGGAGCAGCUCAAGGGGCCACUGGCGCCGGAGCCGCCCAUGGUUCCGGAGGACUGUGUGGAUGCCGACCCCGGCUGCCCCGGCUGGGCCGCCUCGGGGGAGUGCGACCGCAACCCGGGCUUCAUGCGUGGGGCAGCCACCACCCUGGGCACCUGCCGCGCCUCGUGCGGCGACUGCGUGGUGUGCAAGCCGGAUGACCAAACAUGCCGGCGCGAGAACCGGGUAAAGGCGGGCUUCCUGCCAAUCCACGACCCUGGCUUCUUCUAA